AUGGGCAAGGUGUCCAACUCGACGACACAGACCAUCAUCUCACUCUUUUAUGGUGUUCUCCAAGCAUUGAUCUCAUUGGUCUUUGGCAUUAUGUUCAUCUUCCUUGGCGUCAAGAUCAACAAACUGCUCGGGCCAUGGAAAGUCAAGACCAAGGGUAUCUUAGGAGUAUCAGCUCGCAAGUUAAAGCUUCUGGCUGUGACAGUCUCUUGUUCAUCGGGUCUCAUCCUUCACAGUAUCUUUGUGUUGGUACUCAUAACAUCGUCACAGGGAUCCAACAAUAGUACAUUCAGUUUCAUCUUCCUGAUACUGACAGAGGUGUUCCCUGCCAUUGCCAUGUACAUCUAUUACAAUCAGACAAAGCUGUCGCCCAGCACUCAAGGCAAACGAUCAUCAACCUCUGUCACUGGCGGAGGCAACAAGAUGCAAGCAUUCUCAUAA